CAAGCUUCGCUAAUCAGCAGCAGGCAGGGCGGGGGUGCGGUCGGGGCUGCUUCCGUGACACUGAGGUUGCUCUGAUUUUUCUGCGUGGUGAGGCUGUUGCGGAUGCUGCAUCGUCGUUUUGCUCGAUUCUGCACACUACCCAUAACUCCUAAUUGUCGUAGUCCACUUUGGACGCGUGCGGUGAUAAGUGCGGCGGAUGCGACUCGCAGCGACCAUGACCACCGCCGCCGCGCAGAGAGCUUCGCAGCAGGGUCUCGCGGGAGGAGAAGAGCUCAACGCAGGCCCAGCGUUGAGAGUGGUAGACACAGUGGGUUAGUUGAUUUCGAGUGCAGCAGAUGGUGGAGCUUAAAGGACAGCCUUGUUGUGUGAGCGUUGGGGUGAGGAGGAUAUGAGGCGCAGGGAGAGUGGGGUUUGUUAAGGGGAUAACACUUAGAUCGCCCUUGCACGGGAGAGGGAUCCGAUGCAAUGGGUCAGUGUUAUGGUAAAUAUGUCGGACCUGAAGGGGACGAUUUCAACAAUGGUGAUGAAUUCUCGGCGUCUAAGACUCCUAUCUCGAAACAUGGAUCUCGCAGGAACAGCAACCGGGCCAGCUUCAACAACGGAGGAGCGUCGCCCAUGAGACAGAAGACGCCGUUCGGUAGUAGUCACCCGUCUCCGCGGCAUCCGUCAGCUAGUCCGCUACCUCCUUACGCUAGCUCCCCCGCGCCUUCGACCCCGCGUCGUUUUUUUAAGCGGCCAUUUCCUCCCCCUUCUCCCGCUAAACAUAUCCAGUCGUCACUUGUGAAGCGGCAUGGGGCGAAGCCGAAGGAGGCAGGGGCGACACUGGAGUCGGUGGAUAAUGAGAAGCCGUUGGACAAACAUUUCGGGUACCCGAAAAACUUCACGAACAAGUAUGAGCUUGGGCACGAAGUGGGUCGGGGUCAUUUCGGGCACACAUGUUAUGCGAAAAUAAAGAAGGGUGACCACAAGGGGCAACCGGUCGCAGUGAAGAUAAUUUCGAAGGCGAAGAUGACAACUGCCAUUGCCAUCGAGGACGUGCGACGAGAAGUGAAGAUCCUGAAGGCUCUGACGGGACAUCACAACUUGGUCCGGUUCUAUGAUGCUCGCGAGGACGCUCUGAACGUAUACAUUGUGAUGGAGUUAUGCGAAGGAGGUGAACUCUUGGAUCGUAUUUUGACGCGGGGUGGAAGGUAUACGGAGGACGACGCCAAGAUUGUCGUGCAACAGAUUUUAAGCAUUGUCGCAUUCUGUCACCUGCAAGGUGUUGUUCACCGCGAUUUGAAGCCUGAGAAUUUUCUUUUUACUACGAAGGAUGAAUAUGCGCAACUUAAAGCCAUUGAUUUUGGAUUAUCAGAUUUUAUCAAGCCUGAUGAAAGACUGAAUGACAUUGUAGGUAGUGCAUACUAUGUAGCGCCCGAGGUAUUGCACAGGUCAUAUUCCAUGGAAGCUGAUGUAUGGAGCAUUGGAGUAAUCACGUACAUUUUAUUAUGUGGUAGCCGGCCGUUUUGGGCGCGGACAGAGUCUGGUAUCUUUCGGGCAGUAUUGCGAGCUGACCCAAGCUUUGACGAGGCUCCCUGGCCUUCAGUCUCGCCUGAAGCCAAGGAUUUCGUGAAGCGACUACUCAACAAAGAUAGUCGGAAACGCAUGACUGCUGCACAAGCCCUAACCCAUCCAUGGAUUCGAAGUGACAAGGUGGAGAUCCCCCUGGAUAUCAUAGUGUACAGACUGGUGAGAGCUUAUCUUCGUGCAACUUCCAUGAGGCGGGCUGCCUUAAAGGCACUGUCAAAGACCCUUACAGAAGAUGAAUUGUCGUACCUUCAAACUCAAUUUUCGUUGCUGGAGCCCAAUAAAAGUGGUCGUAUUUCAUAUGAUAAUUUUAAACAGGCAUUAAUGAAAAAUUCAACCGAAGCUAUGAAGGAGGCACGAGUGUUUGAUAUUUUGAACUCGAUGGAUGCGCUUUCGUUGAAGAAGAUGGAUUUCUCAGAGUUUUGUGCAGCGGCCAUAAGUGUGCACCAGUUAGAAGGGACAGACCGUUGGGAACAACAUGCUCGUGCUGCUUUCGAUAUAUUUGAAAAGGAAGGAAACCGUUCUAUUUCUGUAGAAGAACUUGCUCGCGAGGUAGGACUAGCGCCGAAUGUACCUGCACAAGUAUUCCAUGAAUGGUUGAGGCACUCAGAUGGCAGGCUAAGUUUUGUUGGAUUCACCAAGUUGCUGCACGGAAUAACCACCCGUACCAAUAGGAAUCAUCACUAGUGAUUCUUUCUUAUUUUUUACUUUUUAAUCAUCCUAUUAUCGGAGGUCAAACUGUCCAAGCACGGUGACUUGGGGCUGUCGACCACAGUCUGCAUCUGCCGUGUUUGAUUAUGAUUGUGGUCGUUUGAAUUGAUUUCACCUCUGAAGCAUGGACAACAAGAUGCAUCAUCCAGUUCAAUGGGUGUGGUGGAAGCCAUCUGACACCCUCGGUGGGUGUAUCGAUAGAUAUGUCACUGCUUGUCAACGUUGCCCUGUCUACGUAGCUCUGGGCUGCCAUUCAAGCAGUCGGUGUGGUAAAAUUUAUUGUCUGCAGUCACUUUUAGGGACCCUGUGCCACCUCUCUUACGGAUUAUAUUCAUUGAUUUAGGCAGUAAUCAGGCACACAUUCAGUGCUCUGUAGUUGGGAGAUCCUCAUAAUGCUGCAAUUUGUGGUUCAGGAAGCAGGUAGAUAGGCAGACUGAGCUUAUGUGGAGAAGGCGACACUGGAAAGGGAUUUAUCUGAUAACUAUGGGGUUGUGGAAAUUCAGAGCGCAGCAGCAAGAUGUCUCUCUUCAAGCUGUUAUUGCCUUGAAGCUUUGUAAUUUAUUCAUGUGCUGUUUCAGCAAUGCAGUCGCACGAACGCUAGGAUUUCGUUCGAAGACAUUCUCUGGUUGUAUUUUUGUAUCAAUAAGCUGUUUGAUAAUUUGCAAUGACCAAUUCAGAACUGUCA